AUGGCUUAUCGUACGGACGAGGGAGACAACAAACCACCCACAACUCUCACCGAUCUCCCAGAGGAGCUCCUCAUCCCCAUCGCGUCCCUCCUCGACCAGCCAACCUCCCUCGCUCUCGCGCUCGUCUGCCGCCGUCUCACCCAUCUCGCCGUUCCCCAGAUCUGGCGAUUCAUCAACUUAUCCCCAGACAGCCUCCUCGCACCCACAUCAGACGCUCCGGCAGAUGCUGGAGGGGUCGUCCACAAGAUCCCAAAGGGAGAGAAGGAGGGGCGGAGGCAUACAGUGGCAGUCCGUGGCAAGGUCAAUGCGAUCCUGGCCAUGACGGACGUCGAGCCUCGGCUGCUCGGCAUGGUGGAAGACGUUAGGUUCCGGAACCUACCCGGUGCGGUACCUUACAUCAUGACCCUCCUCGAGCGGGUCUCCUCUACAAUCAGGGGCCUGACGAUCGAUCCGCUUCGGGACCCACGGACCAGCACCUCUCGCCAGCCGAUAGCAGACAUUUUACAGCUCGAGCUUCACCUGCUUGACAGACCCAUCUCCUUCUCCCGUCUCACAUGCGUCCAAAUCGCUCCGUAUACGACACUAUUCGCACAUGUUCUCGUCCCGCUCCUCUGCGCCGCAUCACCUAAUCUCAUUUCGCUCGACGUCGGCCCUCAGCAUCAUGCCGACCUGCCGGGCGAAGGAUGGGUACCUUCCCCUAGACUUGCGGCGGACACUAGUCUACAGCGUCUCAAACUCUGCCUGCCGGACGUCGACUUUGAGUAUGAACCCCUCGAAGUAUGGGAAAGUGCGAUGGGGCAGCUGCUUGACGUCUUGUCGCGCAGCUCCAACCUUCGUCAGCUCUCUGUGCAUCCCGGGGAUUGGCUGAUGCACUAUCACGAGACACUGUGGGAGCGGGCGGUCGAGUGCUGCGAGAAACAUCCGCAUUUGCACGAUGUUCACUGGGAGGCGGAUCUCAAUGAGGCGGAACAUUAUUUCCAAGACUUCCGGGGUCUGAAAAGACUCGUACUUUCGGCGGGUUCACCGCUGGAUCUGUUUGUCCCCCCUCGGAUGCCCACUCUCGAGACCCUCAUCAUUUACACAAGGACCGUCUUCGCCAGCGAAGAUCAUUGCGCCCCCGGCCCGCUCGACUCCCUCGACACUUGCACGCCGCCCACCUUCGCCAAAGCAAUGCACCUCUGCUCAGCACUCAAUCUUCACGGGUCCGCUUACCUCACAUCCAUAUAUUACGUGGGCAAAACGGUCGACAUGAGCGAUCUCGGCCUCUUCACCAGGCUAGAUGCGGUUCAGGGCGGCGAGACGUGCAUCGGGCGGGUCUCGUCAAUCUGCCACGGCGAGACCGAACUGCUCUACGCUCGAUUCUAUACGCCGUGGACCGAAGACGGCGAUGAUUUGUACAACCCUUGCGAAUGGCACAUCUCCGUGGAUCGAAGGUACGUCACCGACCUCGGUGACAACAACAUUCGGGUCCAUCGUUUUUUCCGGCGACAGGAGACGGCGGAAUGGAGGGCGUACACGGACUUUGAGGGGUUAGCAGUACCCCUCGCCCUCAUUGAGCGGAUGAGGGAGGUCGAAGGCGCUAGCGAGGAGGAAUGGCAGGCGAGAGGGGUGCAAGUGGGAGAGGUCGCAUGGAGGGUAUUGCUUGACUGGCAGGAGACCGUGUUGAGGGGUAUGAGCGAGAUCGACGUUGCGAACUGGAGAUGGCGGUCUGUUGUGCGGCGGAUCCAAGGGUGGACGCGGAUGGAGGGUCGGACCGGGGCGAAGGAUCGCUGA